UGAUCUUGAUGAACAAAAUGGACUGAAAAUGGAUGUUUUGAUGUUUACAGGUUAAAGAAUGAUACUCAUUGAUUUAUAGAGUUUCAAGUAUCGGUUAUGGUAAUUCAAUUUGAACUAGCAGUUGAGAUUGAAACUAACGUUAUGAUGUAAUCUUCCAAGUGGUCAAGAAUAACAUAGGAAGGAAACAAAGUGAUAUUUGGAUAAAUGACGUCAUUGAAACAAAUAACGUAUAUUAUCUGAUAGGCCCGAAUAUAUGUGUCAAGUUUUUUUUUCCAAAAUGCGCAUUACAAGAAGAUAUUUUGGGGUUUACAAAGGGGCUUUUGACAAAUAUGCAUCGUUUAGCCCAUCGCCGAUGUCACUGAAAAAAUUGUUGGAGUUCGGCUCAAAGACUGGUUGUGAGAAAUCAUCCUAUGUAUUCCUUCGCCAUGAGCUACCUGUUCGAUUGGCCAAUAUCAUGAAGGAGAUCAGGCAUCUCCCAAAAACCCUUCGUAACAUGCCCUCGGUUAACCUGGUUCAAAGUUGGUAUGAUCAAAGUUUUGAGGAAAUAUUAGAAUUUGAAGACAAGAAAGAAGCAGAUAAGAAGGUGUUAUCAGAUUUCUCAGAAGGCCUGCAGAAAAUCAAGAAUCGCCAUUCUAAAGUCGUGGAAACAAUGGCCCAGGGAGUGUUGGAACUGAAAGAGACAUAUCCUUCCUAUUACAACUUCACAACAGUGAACAACAAUACAACAGCCAUACGAUACUUCCUUGAUCGCUUUCUGUUAUCACGCAUCAGUAUACGAAUGCUCAUCAGCCAGCAUGUGCUUUUGUAUGGUUCCCGGACAGUAGAUAACCCUCGUUAUAUUGGUGCAAUAGACCCUUCCUGUGAUGUCCUAGAAGUUCUACAGGCUGCCUAUAGUGAUGCUCGUUUCUUAUGUGAAGGGUAUUACUUAACUGCCCCAGACAUGGUUGUGACGUGCCAUAAUCCCUAUGAGGAUGGUAAAAAGGUACAGAUCGCUUGUGUACCAUCACAUUUACUUCAUAUACUGUUUGAAAUUUUAAAGAAUUCCAUGCGGGCUACGGUUGAAACCCAUUCCAACAAGGACAACAUCCCCAGUAUAUCAGUACUUAUAACUAAAGGCAAGGAAGACCUCACUAUCAAGAUAUCAGAUUGUGGUGGUGGUUUCUCCCAGGAUAUAAGAAAGCUAGUGUUUGAAUACAUGUAUUCCACUGCGCCACGGCCAGACUAUGUUGGAGAGGGAAACGCUCCAAUGGCUGGUUAUGGGUAUGGAUUACCUCUAUCAAGGCUGUAUGCAAGAUACUUUGGGGGAGAUCUACAGCUGAGUUCUGUAGAGGGUCAUGGAACAGACGCAUAUAUCUACCUUAAGGUGAUGUCUGACAAUGCUAAUGAGUGUUUACCUGUAUAUAACACGACAGCAUCUCGAAUGUACCAGUCUGAUGUAUCAGUAUCUGAUUGGAGCUCAAACAAACCCUGGCACGACUCCCAUCCGCGAGGCUUCUCCACUCAUGCUAAAAAAGUACAGUAGUUCAGUAAUGGAGGUCCUUCAGGUGACUUUUGAAAGGUGUGACAGGGUUAACAAAGUUAUUUCGCUUUUGCAGUUUAUCGCUAGAUUCAUGUUUGGAACACAUGGUUUUUCUUAUGUCCAUAUAUGGGUUCUUAACAAUUUAUUUAUCUGAUCAUGAAGAUAUAAUUAUAUGUCUAGUGUGACUUUUCAGGGACCUGUGAAUUCAAGUGUCCAUGGCUUAAUAUUUAUCAGUAUAUGGUAAUGCCACUGUAUGGUACAGAAUCCACUUGGUAUCAAUAAUGGCAGGUUUUUACCAGUAUACAAGCAUUUAAAAUUCAUGGAAUUUAAUUUGAGUUGAAAGCAAUUGAAACUCAUUUUCUGUGAAAUUCUAUAUUUAUAGAUAGUCAUUAUGUGUAUUGAACUGCUGUCAUUUGGCAUAGAAAUUGUGUAAAGUAAACAUUUGUGUAUCUGGCUGUAUAUGUCAUGUUUUGUUCUGGUAUAUAUCACAUAGGGUAAUUAAAACAUCCACGUUUAAACUGAGAUUCUGCUGAAUUCAACUACAGUAUAGGCUUCCAUCUAUAAUAUAUAGUGUCGGUUCGUGUAAAGUUACAGAAGAAAAAUAUCAUUUUUAAUUUUACAUAUGCAUUUCCUUUCUAAUUGAAUUGACUCCAAGUUAGUAAAUCUAGAUCCGUGGGAUGUAGGUUAUGUAUAUCCCUGACAUGCUCAAAUGUUAUUGCCCUUUUAAAAUUACAAUUUUGUUUUGUUUGUUUUGCUGGAUUGUAUGGUCCAGCGAAAAGCCAGGGUAAUUUUGAGGCAGAGUCUUCAUGUAGUCGCUCAAGUGGAAACUGACCUAAAAAUCAUACAUCUGCUUUGUACAUAGUUGAGCCAUGGACAUUUGCUAAUUCAGGAAUUUAGUUGUUUUGCCAUUAGAAAGAUGUUAUCAGCUUGAAGUGUGUUAUGAUCUAGAGAUGGAGGGUGCAGUUGCUUGUCAUUGUAAUGAAAUGUAUUCAUGAAUAUUUUUUACCACUUUUUAUGUUUGUUUGGAUUGUUUAUUUUUACUCAUUUUUAGUUGAAAAUUAACACAUAUUUUGACAUCAUGAAAAAUGCAGUGAUUAAAAAUAUUAAAAUAUGAUGCAUUAAAAAAUAACCUAACAAAUUUUGUUUAAAGCUGAACUGUAGCAUUUUUCUUUGUUUUCAUGUAUUAGCAUUUCUGAUAUGAUACAACAAAAAAGGAAAACUAGAAGAUAUUGUUUAAAAUAAUAGCAUACAUUUGUAUAUAGCAGUGUUUCCAUUCAUUAUUUUACAUCACUGAGUGAUAAAUAUAAUUGUAUUAACUAUGUAAUGGAAAUUUUAUUAAAAAUUUGUCAACAGUUGAUGGGACUUAAUGUCACCAAGGUUAGUAAAACCUUACCUGAUAAGCAUUGCUCUGUUGUCACUAGUUUUCGUAAAAAAUGAUAUUUAAGUAAUUAAAUGUUUGAUAAUUUAAGGAUGUGGUGUCAAGAUUUAAUUUAUGACAAGGUAAAAUGAGGAGCAUUUUGCUAGACUGAUACAAAAUCUCAUUUGCCUAUACUUCCAUUCUAACCUCAUAUUCCUUCUGUGACCUCAAAACACACAUGAUGUUAUGAAAGGAAAGUUCCAGCAAGUCACAUAUUCCUUAGUUGUAUUACAUGUUCUUAUAUAACAAAGAUUACUGGUAUUAGUGAUAUUACAUUGGUUAUAAGAUGUAAAUAACCAGUACAAGUGACAUACAGCACACAUGUUUAUUGUAGCCACAUCAGUCAUCAGUAAUUAUGCAUCUUGAAAACUAUCUUUGAUCUAUAUGUAUUCAUCACAUCAGUGUGUUGGUUUUUAACUUAUUUUAACUCCAGGUUUCAUCCUGAAAUAAGGAUGCCUCAGUCAUUAAUUAAGCUACACUCAUUUGUUAUAAUACUAUAUUUAUAGAUGUCUACAACAUGUUUCACAAACAUUUUUUAUUUAAAACAUUUACGGUACAAUUUCCCCACAAUUCUGCUUCCCUUGAGCAAACUUGAUAAAAACAUCAUGGUCUUAUGUGAUGUUGAUUUAGUGUGCCAGUACUGUAUAUAAUGUAGUAAUCUCUUUGUAUAAAUUUAGGUAGAGAUGUUAAAUUAUCUUUAUUAAAUGGACAUAUAUAUAACUAUCAUUAGUCUAUUGUGUACUUCUCUCAACAACUUUUGAAAAGUGAGUGUAACUGUACAAUAAAUGUUUUCAUUACAUCUUAAAUAAUUUUGAAAUGAGUGUUGAUCUCUUGAGUGAUUUUGUGUGAUAAUUCUAAGUUAUUUAAAAGAAAAAUAAAUAGGAUACCAUAUUUUCUGGACUAUAAACCACACCCGAGGAUUAGCCGCAGGGCUGGAAUUUAGCAAUUUUUUUCUAUUUGAUCCACAUACAUGACAUACCAUAAUAAAACAUUAACAUAAGUUUGCAAAUGAAUUAUAUUUACAUGUCCCUCCAAAAAAACCAUGACACAAUAUUUUUAUGUUAUGUGUGGUUGACACCAUGAAAAGUUUUGUCCUUAUUAAAAAAUGGAAAUAUCUGAAAAACCAACAUAUAAGUAUUGCAAAAAUGUUGCAUUUGUGGAUUUCAUUCUUUUUUUAGCAGACUUCAUACUCCGUUGAUGGACUAUAAUAGCCCUUUUACACUAUAGAUGGAUUUUAAAAGUGUAGUGAUAAUUAGAGAAGUGAACUAUAAAUUAAAAAAUCAAUACUUAACUUUGGAAUCAGUUUGGCUGAAUUUUGAAAAAAAUAUGUCUGAAAUGUGUCGUGAGAUUUAUGGACCACAGCGUUGUUUUCAAGAAUAAGACUAUAUUUUUGAAUCCCGGUGAAUAUCGAUAUAUGGCAUCUAUCAGUAGUAUGUAUUUUAAGUGGAGAGUGAAGCAGCAAGGUAGUAUAUGUUAUGUAUAGAGAAUGUAUGGAAUGUUGUAUGCAGUAUAAUUUGUAUGGUAAGUUGUAUGAAGUAUGGGUUUGGUAUGCUGUUUGGAGUGUUUGUAUAUAUGUUAAGUAGUAAAUAAAGUAGUAUAAUUUUAAUACAUGAGAUGUACAUUUACUGUACAAAAUAUAUACAUUAGUGUAUAUUGUUCAAUAUACUUAAAAAUCAAUAGCUUAGUACUAGCCUGCUAGACAAAGAGGAAAAUGACCAUUUUGUUACAAAAAUUAAAAAAAAAGAAAGAAAAAGAAAUCUUAGUAAAUAUUCCACACAAUCAUAUUUCCAUGUGCUUUUAAGUUGAAAGAUAUGAAAGCACUUAUAAAUAUUACAUCAGAAUAUGAGACAUGUUGUAUAAAAAUAGUUGUACACUAGCUUCCCAUUUUAACUACUGGUAAUGGAAAAUCAAACAUGCUUUUAUUUUUAAAUAUUACGGUACUUCAUGUUGUAAAAUGAUAAUAAUCCAAUUCUUACAGCCCGAAGAUCGGGCCUAAUCAUGUAAAAAAUGUUUGGAUGAUAGUUUCAAAAAGAGUCCCAGGCAAUACACAGUGAAUUACAAUAGUGUAUAUUAGGAGUGUUUAUGUAUAAAAUGUGUAUUUAUAUAUUUGUAUGUAUUGACUUUCACAUUACAUGUUUAAACACUGUGUGUCAGGAGUUACAGCCAUAUCUUCUGUAUGAUUUUAUGAUGUGCAGUAUGUAGGAUUUGUUGUGUAAUGGUAAUACCAUUUAUUAGAGUAUUGCAUAGUCACCCAGUUGUUUUGUUUAUAUGUCUGAAUUCAGUACAUACGUAUUACAUUGUUUUUGUAUAUCUAUGGUGAUAUACUUGAUAAGACUCCUCCCGAUGUCUAGUCCCGUUCCCAAUGAUCUUGCUUUCCCUCUGGAUAGGAUGUACUUGAUAUCUACCCAACACAUCUUUCAUUUCAAUAUCAAACUCCAGCAUAUACAUACUUGUGUUUCAACCUUUUGAAUAAUGCAUAGAUGUCUUAGCAAAAUGAUGGUUAUCAAAUAUUGAUAUUACAUCAACCUUAUUUUAAAAUAAAAAUGGAGUUUAUAAAAA